UCGUAGAAGAAGAAUCAUUCUCCCUAGAAGCAUAUUUCACGAUUUCUUGGUUGUUGUGAAACGAAUAAACGAAUUCAUUUAACACAGACGCAAAGAAUUAUAUUCGAAAGACAUUCAUUCAAACAUUGGAAUAUAUUUUUUUUUUCAAUUUCGUCCCUCAAACAGAAGCUGCAAUGAACUACUCCGAUGAUGACUCUGAUAGUUAUUUAUCGAGUGAAGAUGCAGACUACGUACCAUCAGAUGAUAAUGCCAGUGAGGAUGAUAUUAACGAGUGUGAAAAGGAAGACCCUUUGGAUGAAAGUGACGUGCCACAUCCAAACAUGACUAAGAGGACUGCGAAGAAAAAAGACUGCAGUUCAAGAAAGAGGUCAAAACUAGUGCUGAAGGUUGAUGACGCGGAGAAAAAAGGAGAAGCUGCUAAGGAGGCUGAGCCACUUCAGGAUGCUGUCGAAAAUAUGGCACAAAUAGAAAAUAAUGAUGAAGCGGCAGAGAAGAAACAAUCAGAUGAUCUCUGGGCUCGUUUCUUGUCUGAUGUUGCCCCCAGACCAAAGCCAUCAAUGGACUCUCACACCACGCUGGAGGCUCAUUCUUCAGAUUCCAAUGUUUGUACGAGAACUGAAUCAAAGGAAUCGGACCCGGCCAAAGUCACCAUCGUAAAAGUUUUUGAUUUUGCUGGAGAAGAAGUGAGGGUCAAUAAAGAAGUAUCCUUAGACUCCAGAGAAGCCAAAAUGCAUCUAAAGGUUCAAUGCACAAAAGAGAAGAUGGGCAAAGAAAAUCCCACAUCAUCUCCACCGCAAUCAACUUGUCCUGAACCCAGCAGUUCAAAACGGCCAGCCGGGAUGUCCAGUUUACUGAGUCGCAUUGGUGGAAAGAAACAAAAAAUGAGCACACUAGAGAAGUCAAAGAUUGACUGGGACGCUUUCAAAUACGAGGAAGGUAUUGCUGAGGAGCUGGCAAUCCACAACAGGGGUAAAGAUGGGUAUGUGGAGCGGAAGAACUUCUUAGAGCGUGUUGAUCACAGACAGUUUGAGAUGGAGAAAGAAGUGCGCCUAAAAAACAUGAAACCUUCCACUUAACCUUGGGGCUUCAAUUUCUUUAGUACUUCUGUGACUCAAGUAUAUUUGAUUCUUUAAAUGUUCAAGGAAUUGAACAUUGUGAUAUGUUCCGGUGUUCAUUUCGGUAAAACAGUCUUGUGUCGGUGAAGAUUUUUUUGUAUUGUUUAAAAUAUGUAACAGAAACAAUUUGGUUUUAUGACAUAUGAAAAUCUGUGAACAGAGUAUCAAGUCAACACUUCUGCUUUCAUGGGACAAUUAUGUUGCUCAGUGAUUAUUAUCUGUCUGGAAUAACACUGAAUAUUUGAUCAUCUUUCACUGCAUCGUUCACCUCCUAAAAUUGUGAAUAAAGUAGCAUGUGUAUUCAUUUUGAAAAACCUUCUCAUGAAUUAUUCAACUGAUUUUGCAAUUUGAGUGCCUAACUUAUCCCAUAAUGCCAUUCAUCUCAUUUUAAAUGCUAUCAUAGGAGAGCCAAAAAAUAAAUACAUAAAAAGAGAAAUAAAUGGACUAAAUACAUGAAAAUGUUAAGGUAUAUUUUGUUAUUGAUUUUUUUUGU